AUGGGACGAUGGAAGAAAAAGUACAAUUACAAUAUUUCUUGUGGAUCUACGAUAUUUGAUUCUGUAUUGUCUAAAUUGCUUCAAACUAAGGAAAAGAUCACAACUCAUUUCAACUCGGAGCUGAGUAGAUUGCGCGAUCAAAUUAAAAAAGUGGAGCUGGAUCGAGAUCAAGAGAAAGAGCUCAAGACGAAUGCUUUGGGAACAAUUCAACAGCAGGAAGAGAUAAUUUCAAAUCUUCGUAAGCAGCUAGAAAGCAUGUCACAAGAGAAUCGUAUUUUGAAGGAGUCCAAUAAGACACUGAAGCAAAAAGAAACGACAGCUCUGUUAGAAAUUGAGACUUUGAAAGAAAAAAAUACAAACUCCACUCUUACAUUUAAAGAUAUGAAGGAGGAAAAUGAAAUUAUGAAAAAUGAAAUAGAUAUGCUGAAAAUAGAAGUUGAAAAACUACAAACUGAAAAACAGGUUCUAUCAAGAGAGUUGGAUAUACAAUUGUACAGGCACAACCUUAACACAGGAGAGACAUUUGACAAAAGAGUUCUCAACAUUGAUAAAGGAUGUGGAAUUACUACUCGAGAGAAGGAAAUGGAGCUAGACCUUUUAAUUUAUAGAAAAAGGUUGGAGAAUUUAACGCCGUCUUUGGAAUUGGUGAUACAGCUGGCUAUUGAACAGUUUGAAUGCUUUGACGAAGUGAUGAAUGUCGUUGAAAGUUUAAUGGAUAAAAAGGAUGAACGAAUGCUACUGAGUAUGGUUGCCCGAAAUAAGAAGUUUUCACUCUUCCAAAACUUUCAAAAAGAUAUGCCAGAAUCUUUCCAACAAUUUAUGUCAUCUCUGAACAAGGAACACGAUCGUUUGGCUCAAUAUAACAGUGACGACGAAGAGUAUGAAAAGGUAUACUCUGCUAAGGAGAGGAUGUGCAACAAACUCUUAAGAAAGAAACAGAAAGACAAUCGUAUUUUCAAACACAAAGUGGAAUGUACUCCUGAAGAGUAUUCAAACGCAACAAAGUACUAUGAAGAGCUUAAAGGAGCCAUUCCUCAAUACAGUGUUUUAAUGAAAGACGACACAACGGUUGUUGAAAGUAAGAACAUGCUUCAGUAUCACGAGCAGAAACUACUGAGCUAUGGAGAAUAUUUGAAUAAUUUGCAAGCAAGACUCACUCACACCAAAAGCCCUUCAAGCCCUCCCAGAAGUUUGGCGAUAAGCCAUUUUCAAAAGGAUUCGGGCAAAAAGCUCCUUAAACAAAAGUCGAAAGAAUAA